UCGCACCGUCGCCGCCGUCCUUCAAGCCGUCAUUCGUACAGGAGAGCGCUCUCUCUUCGCUGUGAUGCCGCCACACGCUACUGACACCAGAUUCAUCACCAACGUCAAAAAGAUCGUCGUCCGUACCUUGGGCAUCCAUCAGCUGGCCCUCGACAGCUUCGGUCCUACCGACCUCUUGCCCUGCGCGUCGGAAGAAAAGAUCCCAAACCAACAUAACGACGACGACGACAUCGUUUG